AUGGCCUCACAGAAGGACCCAGACAAGAGCUGGGAGGAGAAGAAGCACCCAGAGAUCAAGUUGGAGCAGCCCAAGUGCAGCCCCACGGGAGCGGAGGAGAAGGAAAAAGAGGACGAGAUGGAAGAUGAUGAUGCUGAGGAGAAUGGUGACUACGUGUAUGAAGAGGAGGAUAAUGAUGAUGAUGAAGAGAAGCUGUUCCCCUGUGCUGAGUGCAGCAAGAGCUUUACUACUAGCUCCAGACUCUUUCAGCAUCAACUCAUCCACAGAGGGGACAAACCAUACAGCUGUGCAGACUGUGGCAGGAGCUUCACCCUGAAGGGGAAGCUAAGCCAUCACCGUUGUGUGCACACCAGAGAGAAGUCUUUCACCUGCACUGACUGUGGCAAGAGGUUUUGCAGGCACUCUGGCCUCAUGAAGCACCGCCUUACCCACACUGCACCCAAACAGUUCACCUGUGCUAUCUGUGGGCGGAGCUUCACCCGGAGCUCAACCCUCACCAUCCACCGCCGCACCCACACUGGUGAGAAGCCAUACAGCUGUGCUGUCUGCGGCAAGAGUUUCUCUCAGAAGGCUAACCUCAGCCAGCACCGCAGUGUGCACAGCACUGAGAAGUCCACCUGCAGGGACUGCGGCAAGAGCUUCAAACGCAGUUACUACCUUACUAUCCACCGCCGCAUCCACAGCGGAGAGGGGUUCCCCUGUGCUGAUUGUGGCAAGAGCUUCACCACGAGCACGGCAUUCAUCCAGCACCAACUCAUCCACAGCGGCGAGAAACCAUACAGCUGUGCCGACUGUGGCAAGAGCUUCAGACAGAGCUUCACCCUCACCCUCCACCGCCGUACCCACACAGGUGAGAAGCUGUACAACUGCGCUGUCUGUGGCAAGAGUUUCACUACAAAGUCUUCCCUCACCCAGCACCACAGUGUGCACACUACCGAGAAGCCCUUCACCUGCAGGGACUGCGGCAAGAGCUUUAGCCACAGCACCACCCUCGCCAUCCACCGCCGUGUCCACACCGGAGAGAAGCUGUUCCCCUGUGCUGAGUGCAGAAAGAGCUUCACCAUAAGCACCAGACUCAUCCAGCACCAACUCACCCACAGUGGUGACAAACCAUACAGCUGUGGUAUGUGCAGCAAGAGUUUCACCACAAGCACCAGACUCAGACAGCAUCAACUCAUCCACAGUGGUGAGAGACCAUACAUCUGUGCUGACUGCGGCAAGAGCUUCACCUGCACCUCUAGCCUCACCCAACACCGUCGUCUGCACACCGCUGAGAAGGCUUUCACCUGUUCUGAGUGCGGCAAGAGCUUCACCCAUAGGAGCAUUCUCAUUUGCCACCUCCGCAGCCACACUGGUGAGAGGCCUUUCACCUGCCCCGACCGCGGCAAGAGCUUCAGCCGCAGCUCCUAUCUCACCAAGCAUCGCUUCAUCCACAGCGGUGAGAGGCCCUACAGCUGUGCCGACUGCAGCAAGAGCUUCACCGAGAAGGCACAACUCUCAAUGCACCGUCAUGUGCACACUGGUGAGAAACCCUUCAACUGUGCUGAGUGUGGCAAGGCCUUCAGCCGUAGGGGCACUCUCAUUGAUCACCGCCGCACCCACACUGGUGAGAAGCCAUUCACCUGUGCUCACUGUGGGAGGCGCUUCAGCCAGUGGAGCCAUCUCAGCUGGCACCAUCGCACCCACACCCGUGAAAAGGCUUUCACCUGUGCUGCCUGCUGA